ACAUACAAAAAAUAACAGGAGUUAAUUGAAUAAAGAGCAUUGAUUUUCUGUAAUUGAAUUUGUUUUUGCUUCGGACAUUGAGACGGGUAAUGCGGUUAGUAGGCAACCAGAAUGGGUGAUGGUGUUGCAAAAACUGGAGCGUAUAAGUACGAGGAUGGUACAAAAUAUAUUGGCGAUUGGAAUGGAAGGGGAAUGAAACAUGGAGCUGGCUCCUUGAUGCUUCCUGAUGGCACCAGGUACGAUGGAGGCUUCCACAAUGGACUGUGCUCAGGUCUGGGGGUCAUUGUAUUUCCUGAUGGUGCCAAAUUCGAGGGGGAAUUCAUGCAAGGAUGGUUCCACGGUCACGGUGUCUUCUGGCGAUCGGACGGAAUGAAGUUUGAGGGAGAAUUUCGAGGCGGUCGGAUCUGGGGCUUCGGUUUGGUAACUUAUGCAGAUGGAUCUCACGGGUUUCCCCGAAAUGAGGGAUUCUUUCAGGAUUGCCGUCUGGUGCGUCGACGCAGGUGUCCGGACUCUAUCCAGAAGGCACAGAAGAUCUCGCUUAUGGCCAGAGCGCAGACUGCCCCUUAGAAUGAAUUAGUUGAAUGCAAAACUCUCCGUGUAAUCAAUAAAUUUGUUAGAACACUGAA